GUCGGGCCACGCUCAGUGUAGGGUUCCGUAGUUACUCUUCCGUCACAAUAAGCUAAACUGAAGCUUAAAGUAUAGUAAAUUGUUAACCAAGGGAUGAAACGGUACCUUUCACGCGAGUUAAACAAAUAGGCAAAUUUGCAUAAUCAAUACCUAAUUAAAGUAAGUCUUUUUACUAUGAAGGGGAAACUUUUUGCGAUAACUUAAAAACAGCUAAACUGAUCAUGUCCGCUAUAGUUUUAAUUUAAUGUCUUCCUUAAGCUCUACUUCCAUGAUUUUUUUAUAUUUUUUGGACCUAUGGUUCAAAAGUUAGAGGGGGGGGGACACAUUUUUUUUUCUUUCGGAGCGAUUAUCUCCGAAUAUAUACACUUUAUCAAAAAAUGUUUGUUGAAGACCCCUAUUCGUUUUAAAAGAUCUUUCCAACGAUAACCCACACUGUAGGGUGGAAGCAAAAAAAAAAUUCACCCCCACUUUACGUGUAGGGGAGGUACCCUAAAAAAUAUUAAAUUUUUAGAUUUUAUUGUAUAACUUUGUCGGCUUUAUAGAUUUAUAUAUCCAUGCCGAAUUUCAGCUUUCUAGCACUAACGACCACAGAGCAAAGCCUCGGACAGACAGACAGACAGAUAGACAGACGGACAUGGCGAAACUAUAAGGGUUCCUAGUUGACUACGGAACCCUAAGUAGUUGACUACGGAACCCUAAAAAACGUCACACCAACCGGGCGAUGCAACCAACGAGUGGCUUAGACCCCGGCGCUCGUGCGCGGAAAAUUCAAAUUCACCAACGAUAAUUCAUUGCUUAUUCUCGGUCUCGGCAAGAAUCUCGGCCCAUUUUGGCCGAGUGCCGAGACCGAGAUCUCGGCUCGAUUUUUGGCCGAGAAUGCCGAGACCGAGAUCUCGGUCGGACCUUAUUUAUAUUUAUGGUGCCGCGUAUCCGCAUGUCUAUUUGAUCGUUCAAAACAAAAUCGUUGCAAGUGGGAUCAGCCAUCAUCUGAUUUGACCAGACAAUUUAAUGAGAUUGGGUGUAAAUUGUCUUUUCUGGACUAAAGGGAAACAUGAUAAUCGAAAUUUCGUUAUCUUCCUCUCUAUCUUUCAAAUAUGUAAAUGAUAACCAAUGAUAACGGUCGCCCAUCGCUCAUCGGUGCGUUCGGCACAAAUGUAAACGCGCUUAUGUUUUGACUAUAUGAUCUGGCUGGCUUCACAAUACAUGUCAUUGUCAAAAAAGCAGCGGUGCCAUUGUUGCCGUUUUUACUGUUACUGACAUCUAUUUAUCUAAUAACAGUCGCAAAUAUCGCAAUUUUUUUGCGAGAUAUAAUAUCAAGAUCUUAGUAGGUGUAGCUUCAUUUUACUAUAUAAAAAUAAAAUCAAGAAAAAUAGUAAUAUAAACUAUCAAAAUUCAGUUUUAAUGAAACCCUUCUGUAUUGAAUUUCGUUUACCGCCCUUGUCUUAAAAUGGCAGGCAAUUUCUGGCAAAGUUCGCACCAUCAACAGUGGAUACUUGAUAAACAAGAUUUGAUAAGAGAUCGGCAACAUGAUCUUGCUAUAUUGACGGAAGAAGAGUAUCAGAAAAUAUUUAAUUUUUUCGCUAGCAUAAUACAAAUCCUUGGAGAGCAAUUGAAGCUUCGUCAACAGGUUAUCGCCACGGCGACAGUGUAUUUCAAGAGGUUCUACGCCAAGAAUUCUCUUAAAUGUAUUGAUCCUUUGCUGCUAGCCCCAACAUGUGUAUUCUUAGCGUCCAAAGUAGAAGAGUUUGGCGUAAUAUCGAACUCUCGUCUUAUAACCACUUGCCAAACUGUAAUUAAAAACAAGUUCAACUAUGCAUACGGCCAGCAGGAAUUCCCGUACAGGACAAAUCACAUUUUGGAAUGUGAAUUCUAUUUAUUGGAGAAUCUGGAUUGCUGUCUUAUAGUCUAUCAGCCAUACAGGCCAUUGCUGCUUUUUGUCCAAGAUAUAGGACAAGAUGAUCAACUGCUUACUUAUGCUUGGCGCGUAGUUAACGAUUCACUGAGGACUGACGUCAGCUUGCUUUACCCACCAUACCAGAUUGCAAUUGCAGCUCUUCAUAUUGCCUGCGUAAUGUUAGGAAAAGAGAACCUCAAACCUUGGUUUGCAGAGUUGAAUGUUGACUUGGAUAAGAUACAGGAAAUUGUCAGAUCCAUUAUCAAUUUGUAUGAAAUGUGGAAAAGCUAUGAUGAAAAAAAAGAAAUCCAGAGUUUACUUGGAAAGAUGCCUAAACCAAAGCCAGCUCCACAGAGAUAAUAUCUACAAUAGAUAUAACCAUAUUUAUUAAAUGACUUUAGAUCCACUGAUGAAAGAAACCAGUGAAUUAUGAAAAGUUACUUUGAGUGAAAUGAAAUGAACACUAGUGAUGCACAGUACUUGAGCAGUGAUGGCACAGCUAUUUAGUUUGUUGGAAAAUGUUGCGUUAUUCCUGGUGACAGAUGAGAAUGAAAUUCGCAGUUGCAACCAGUGGAAAUGAAUUGUUGGUAACAGGCAGGAAUAACCCAAAAUGUUGGUAUAAAUAACUUUUACACUAAAUAAGUAUUUUCAGGAGAUGUAUUAGGUUUACUUAGGACAAGUGUUUGACUGAAUCAAAUUAAUCAUGAGAAAAGAUGGAUGUUACAUUUAUGUUUUGUGGAUAGUUCAAUUAAGAUUAGGUAUGCUUGAGUUGGUAGACGGUAUUUUUAAAUCAAUUUUCCAUUGUUUGAACUGUGAGUUGAGACUUAUCAUGUUGCUGGCCCGAUAUUACAGAGUUCUAUGUUUCACUUUUAUCAAACUGAAAUUUGAAUAUUGUCAUAGUGACAUUCAGUUGAAUUUAAACUAUCUUGAAAAUGUAACAUAGAACCCUGUAAUAUUGGGCUAGCAAUGUGUUAAAUUUACAAACUUAUAUUACUACAUAUAUGGUUACAUGUUUGCAUAAACUCUGUUUUUUAGAAAAUUCUAUAAAACUGCAAAUCAAUAUUGGCAUUAUGGACCUUAAAGUAAUUAGCUAUGCAGCAGACAUGUAAUUGGUACUAGAUAUUUAAUCUGGCAGCAUUUUUUAUUUCAUUUAGAAGACAGAUUUAUUUUUGAAUUUUUAUCCAUUAAUAUCUACAUAUGUAGUGUUUAAAUAUGAAAUCCAUUGUACAAAUACACAGCAUGAGCUACUGACUACAAAAAGUCAUACAUAGAAUACUGCUGUAUAUAACUUUAAAUAAAUAUCUAACAUGAUAUACUUAUUUCUAUCAAAUAGCUUUUAGUAAAAUAUUUUUUACUAAAAGCUAAUUGAUACAGUUUUAAUAUUGGUGUAAAUCUAGAAUCCAUUGAUAUAAAAAUUGCACUUAGAUUAUGUAAUGAGUUAGUAAUGAUCAUAUUUUUAUAUUAAAUUUAAGUAAUUAUUCAAUUCACUUUUUUUGUGAUGUUAUCUGCCACAUUUUAGUAUGAUUUAAUUGACCUGUACAAGAUAAUAGUAGCCAAAUGUUUCUGAUUGUGAAUUAGAGUAAAAAAUAAUAUAUAAUUGUAUUAGUAGUAUAACUUUAAAGAUAUCCUUUCAAGUUGUAUUUUUAAUUCAAUCAAUUGAUAAGUGGAGUUAGUCUCAAAUUAUGCAGUAUAAUAAUGUUGACGACCGGUCUAGCCUAGUGGGUAGACUGGGUAGUGACCCUGCCUACGACGCCGAUGGUCCCGGGUUCAAAUCCUGGUAAGGGCAUUUAUUCGUGUGACGAGCAUGGAUGUUUGUUCCUGAAUCAUGGUUGUUUUCCUGUAUAUAUUUAAGUAUUUAUAAAUGUUUAUAUAUUAUAUAUAUUGUUGUCUAAGUAUCCUCAACACAAGCCUUAUUGAGCUUACUGUGGACCUUAGUCAAUUUGUGUAAUAAUGUCCUAUAUUAUUUAUUUAUUAAUUUUAUUAUAAUUAAUAUCGGUUAUAUAGGAUUAUUUUAAUCAACCUAAAUUGUCCCUGUAGCUGUUUGAUUCAUAUUCUUUUUUAAUCUUAUGCAAUACUUACUAUUGUAAUAGUGUACUGCCAACUCAGCCUGGCUAAGCCAAAUAGCGGUAAUUUUAUUUUUAAAAGUGAUAUAUUCUCACUCGAGUUAGACACAUAAGGAAUUUCACACUGUGCACUGCGACCGUGAAGAUGAAGCUGUGACCGUGACUUGUACACCAAUAACUAUAUCUUAUUUAUUGUAAAUCUAUUCUUCUAAGUUCCAGAAGGUUUAGUUUUGUUUUUAAAUUUAUAAUUAUAACCUAGACUUAUUUAAUAAAAGUUAGUUUUGGAAUAAGGCCUUUAUAAAAGUACUUCUGGGACUUAGAAAUACAUGCCUAAUAGCACAUAUAAUAACUAUAAAAGGUACUCAUAAGGCACUUUUAUCAUUACACAUUCUAUUGAAAUUCGUUGUUCACAAACCAUAUAGUUGUAUAAAAUCUAAAUUCAGUUUGUUAUUUCUGUAAGCAAAAAUUUAUCUAAAAAAUUACAAGCGGCCUAUUCAGCUCUACAAAGUGAAAGAUCACAAUAAAUUAACUAAUGUACUAGUAACUUAUCUCCCUUUUUUUACGAUUUACACUAAAGUGUCUCUUCACAAGUCAAAUGGGUUCCCAGGCAUCGUGCAAUAAGCAAACGUAAACAGAUGCACGUUUAACAUUGAUCACAGAUAGUUUCUCUUCUCUUAAGAAUGUAUCUCCAAAAAUGGUUAUAUUCCUAUCUAGCGCCGCCCCACCGCUGAUGCCCCAAGCGGUGGUUGCGCCCUUUGGGCAAUAUUCAUUCCCGAAUGUGCAUCGCGGGGACAGAUGGGAAUAGUUACAUUCCCAUUUUCAUAAUGUAAUUAUAUGUUGUCACUUCAAUAUGGAAUCGAUGUGUUGGCGUCGUUGGCGAGGGUAGCAAAAAUAAAUAGUUUUGAUCAUCCAAAGAAUCGAAACUGACUAUGACUGAGGAUGUUCCUAUUGAUAUGACUAGGUAUAUUAACAUCAACUUAAAUGUAUUAACUGCAUGAUAUUUCUAAGACAGCCAUGUUUAUUUAAAUAAAUGAAUUUUUCAUC